AUGGAUGACCUCCCUACAGAGCUCACCGAGCUCAACAUAUUGACCUUGAAUUGCUGGGGUCUCUUGCAUCUCUCUGCUCAGCGCGCCGCCAGACUCCAGGUCAUAGGCCACACCAUUGGCUCCACGACACCUACACCGCACAUUGUAGCUUUGCAGGAAUGUUGGACUCAGGAAGAUUACCUGGCCAUUCGCCGGGCCACCCGCUUCAUAUUGCCAUAUGGCAAAUUCUACCAUAGCGGAGCGUUUGGAGGCGGUCUCGCUAUCCUCUCCAAAUGGCCGAUAGAGGAGAGCUCCAUGCACCAGUAUCCCUUGAACGGACGCCCGACUGCCUUCUUCCGCGGAGACUGGUUUGUCGGAAAGGGAGUCGCCUGUGCCAAAAUUCGGUACGGGACUGGUCCGAGAGAUGUGGUUGAAGUCUUCAAUACUCAUACUCAUCCCAGCUAUGAACAUGGAACCAAGUGUACAUAUACCGCCCAUCGACUUUCUCAAGCCUGGGAACUAUCCAAGCUUUUGCGCGGGGCUGCUGCUCGUGGUCAUCUAGUCCUGGCACUGGGGGAUUUCAACGAUACACCCAUGUCCCUCAUGCAUCGUAUCAUCACUUCCCACUCUACCGUAAAGGACGUUUGGAGGGUCCUUCACCCUGAUUCAUCCGUGGGUUCAGCCGAUGACGAGUCAGAACGUGCCCGGCGGCGACCUGUUCCAACAGUAGAAUACAAUAUUAAUGAAAACGGCGCCACGAGUAAUACCAUAUACAACACAUGGAGAUGGCCCAAGGCACAGCAAAGACUCCUUGGCAAAGGCCGCGAAAAUGACUGGCCCCAGAUAUCUCCGGAUACCCUCGACCCCAGAGGCCAGCGCAUCGACUAUAUUUUUGCGUCGUCGGGCCUUGCUGAAAAUGAGGAUGCUGACCGGGCUGCUUGGGUCGUCCAUGACGCUCGAGUCGGCAUGAUGGGCCGGCAUCCAGAACUUGGCUGCAGCCUUUCGGACCAUUUCUCCGUCGAGGCGACACUUGUUUUGCACCGCGAGAACCCCACCGUGCCGUCUUCUCCCAUGGGCGAUCAAUAUCAGUAUCAGGGCCGAUCUGCGCAAUACGGACAAAACCUUUUGCCUCGACCUCCCGGGGGUGCCGCCGUAUCCCUGGCCGAAACCAAAGCGACCGAGAUACCAAACGCAGACUUGGAGAAUGGUGUCUACCUACAGUCCCCCUCGACUUCCGAGACGCAUCUGCCGCAGACCAAGAACGAAAGCCCCCACGCGCAACUGCAGUCGUCGUACGCGGCGCAGCUGGCCGCCGCCGCACAGCCCGUCGCCUACCUCCCCGCGCGCACCUACGACGAGAUCCUCGAGGAGAUUCGCGCCUACAUGGCCCGGGAGCGGUUCCAGCGGCGCUGGCGCGGCAUCCACUUUGGCACAUGGCUCAUCGUCACCAUCAUCUGCUACAUUGGCGUGUGGUGGACGCCGCACUAUGUCGCCUUUAUCCUCAUGGUGCUGUCCAGCCUCGGCCUGGCCGUCGGCGUCGUCGACGGCCUGAUUGCCCUCCUCUUUGUCGGCUCCGAGAUGCGCGCCCUCAAGGAGUUUGAGUGGGAGAUUGAAAACGUGCGCACCUAUGCCGUGGCGGCCGAGCGUGGAGCAAGGGGCGCAUCGCCUGCUGCGCAUCACCAUGAGGAGGACCCGCUGCCGCCGAGGACUAGUCGAGAGGGUAGUAGGGACAAGUCGUAA